AUGCCUCGCAACGUCCGCCAAAAACAACCAUCCAAGCCGGCCCGAGCGCCCAAGCGUCGCGAUUCCGUGUCAUCCUCAUCUCUCGGGCUCUCCGACGACAGCGGCUACUCUGGCGUCGAAGACCUCAGCGACUCGGAGGACGAUGACGAGGAUCAUGUUUUUGCGGCCGAGGAGGAGCACAUAAUCACCAAUGCGCGGCGCAAGCGUGCAUCGGAUCCUCCUCGGUCGCUCGUGGUGGACGACGAAGACGACGACGCGGAUGAAGAAAGCGAGGCCGACAACGACGUGGAGGAGGACGAUGAUGAUGACGACGACGACGAAGCUGAGGUGGAAGACGUUGAUGUGGUUGGGGACGCUGCAAGCUGGGCAGGGUUUUCAUCUGAUAACGAUGACCUUAUUCCCGCCGAGCCCGUGUCUCUUGAUCUCUUGAACCAGGUUUCUGUCACCCCGAGCCGCCACGUUCGCUUCAUCGGCGUCCCCGAUAGUGACUCGGAUUCGACAACCAGUGAGACUAGCGAGAUUGAUGACAUCCACGGUUUCUUCCCCGACAUCUUCGUGGAGCAAAGUUCUCUAGAUCCUAGGUUCCGUCGUGAGAUUGAGGAUGACGAUGACACUUCAUCGAACGGUUCCUUUUGGGAUUUCCAUAGCGGCUCGCACGACAUGGCGGGCCGUCAAGUAGGUGUAGACGACGACGACGCAGCUCAGGACCAAGAUGCUACGCCAACAGUGACCCCGAGGCACAGCCAGCCGCCUGCUGACAUGUCAGCGCCUGUAACCGUCGCUGUGGAAGUGCAGGAGCUUGACGGAUAUGAGACGGACGGUGAUACCACGGAGGAGGACAUCCCUGAGCCGAUCAUCCGCAAGAAGCACAUGCGCCGCUCCCACACGGUGGAACCCUCUUCCGACUCGGAUACAGAAAAGCCCAUUCAAUCGCGGCCGGGCCGGCCCCGUGUCGGCCGGUUCAACCUUGACAGGUCCGACAACAAGCCCAUCGGGGUUGUUGACCCUGCUACCGGCAAGAUGAUCAUAUUCACACCUCGCCGGACUAACCAACUCGACCUCUCCCCGGAAUCGCUGCACCUGGAUUUCUCGCUUGGGCAAGAUCUAACCGCAUCUCCCCUUGUCAGAAACCCAGGCCUUAUCAUGAUGGGUGCCAUGGCCUCGUCCAACACGUUCGGUGACUUUAUGAACAUGCAGCCCUUUGGCCCUGCCGAGGCCUUCUUCCCCUGCACGCCUGGCUUGUUUCCAGGAGAGGAUGAGAGCGACGACUCGUAUUUUGCCGGCAUUGAGGAAGAGGAGGACGAGGAGGAAAGCCUGCUGAAGAUCGAGGACUUUGUCACUUUCAAUCAUGAUUCAUCGGAUGAUGAGGAGGAAGAGGUGGAGGAGGAGGUGGGUGGUGUUUGGAACGGAGAUCUUAUGUCCAGCCCUACCCGGCCUAAGACGGCUGCCAGCAACGCCAGCACGGGGGCCGAGUCUUCUGCGGCGGUCCACCCACUACUCACCCAUUUUGACGGCAACUCGGACGCCGUGGGUGCUUUCCGGCGCAAUCAGAUUAACCAACAACUUAUUUACAGUGACAAGGCGAGCCAAGAGUCGCUCGCAUUUUCGGGUCCGUACUAUCAUGGCACGCUCCGCGGCAUCAAGACGGGUAGCAUGGAAACGGUCACGGCGCCCAUCACGCCAAUCCGGCGGCAGAAGAGAAGCAACACGGUGGGGAGCAACUCGUACGCGGACAUCCAGCAGAGCAGCCCUCUUGGGGCCAUGUCGCAGAAGAGAAAGGCAUCGAGCAAUCACACGGAUGCCAACCUACACAAGCGGCACCGCAGCAUCUCGGACGUGGGAGUCCUCCAGAUUUGA